CUAUUCCAUUCUAUUGAGUUGUAAACAGCUGAGCAGCUGAAAGAGCAUGUUAAUUGAAUUUGUUGAGCUGUUUCUGUGGAAACUGUCAGAGUUGGUACACAUCAGUGGAUGACCCUGCAGAAGCAAAGUUACAAGUGACUCUGUGAGAUUAUACCAUUAUAAAGUCUAUCUUACCUGUGGAGCAGAGUAAGGGUGGAAAAUAUAUACAAUAGUGUCAGUGCAACUGCCAUUCUGUUCUUCUUUCACUUGAUUGAGCAUGAUAGAUGCAGGUUCUAUAAUUAUGUAUAAGAUUCUACAUUGAGAUCAGUCUAAUAUACAUGCAUGCACUAUACAGCGACUGUCCAAGAGACGGCCCUUGCACAGUCCCUGUAUAGUGCUUACCGCCCAGCUAUGAAUACAGACAGGAGUGCAUGUAGACAAUGCAAACAAAGGGGGGUGACAUAGCAUCUAUAAUUAUUAUGUGGGAGUUUGAGUAUUAUUUUGAAAAAGGAGGCAGGGCUGUUUUUUUGUCAUGCAGGAUAUUCUGCUGCUGUUGAUCACAUGCAUAUAAAAACUUCAUGCCCAAAAGAAUCAUUAGCAAUAAUUAUUACUGUCCUCUUCAAACAUUAAUCUCCAAGAAUAGAUGAUCAUACUUGUUUUUGCUUUGGCUGCAACAGCCAUUAGCAUUGCAGCUGCAGUUGAAUUCAUUGAAGAGCCUCGAAGUCAAUCAAUUCUGAUUGGAGAAAGCGCCAUAUUUAACUGCAAGGCGUAUGCCCAUUUAACAACUUGGUAUAUUAACGGUCAUGAGUUAGAACAUCCAUAUGACUGGGGCCAACCACCACCAGAUAUUUAUCUCCCUGAACCAUUGUUCUCUCGUCAGCUGGAUACCUAUAACUUGAGCAUGACUGUUAGCGGGACACUUUUGAGGAACAAUACCAGAAUUCAUUGUGUUGCUAUUGCAACCAAUUUUUUAUCUGUAACAAGUGAUACAGCUGUUCUUCAAGUAUACCAAAUUCAACCACCCAACAUUACAUUGGAUGUGAGUGAAUGGCCAUCCGUCAUGACGUUGCUCAUUCAAACAUCCUCGUUUUGGUUUGAUUUUGGCAGCUCUCAUUACAAUUUGACUCUUACCCUUCAAACUGAUUGUAAACGAUCUGAUGGUGUGCUCUACAGUGUUUCAAUUCCAACUAUGACAAGUUCUAUUAGCAUCUCAAAAGAUGUCUUUCAGUUUGAGAACUGUUCACAGUAUUUGGUAAGUGCAACAUCUGUUAGUCCUACUCUUGGCAGAAGUACAUCCAUUGAAUUCAUUUUUACAUCACCCCAAGUAGUACUACCAUCAAUUGAGUUUAGCAACAGGCACUCAGUGUACUUUGACAAAAGUUUGAAUCCACUCUUAAGUCUUCAUGCUCAGGUUUCAAGUCUUUGUCAUCUUCUCAAAUAUGCAUACUUUGUUAUGAUUACGGCUACAAACCAGUCUCUGGAGUUUGGUCCUAAACAAGUGGCUAUGGAUGGAUUGAUAAGAGAAGAGAUAAGCAACAACCUGCAUAUUGAUACACAAUAUACAGUUUGGAUUGAAAUCGAAUCAUUUCAUCCUACAGCAUUAGCAUUAAGCAGAAUAUCCUCAUCACAAAAUAUCUUCAAUACUGAAUUCAACUUGCAACGGUCGUUAUCGACAAAUUCAUCAUUGUCUAACAAUGCAGGUGGUACACUUCAAAUUGUGUCUGUACUACUUGGAGUGCUCUCUGGUCUACUAUUGCUGACAUUGCUCAUUUGUGUGACAUGCUGUCUCGUAUGUAGGAAUAAACGCAGAGGAAUAAACAGGAAGAGCACAUCUACCUCACAAGCCAUGAUCGAAAAUCCCAUUUAUAAUGGCCCCGUGUACGAGACUGUUCCACAAAGAUACAAUCCACUUUGCUCCUCAGCUAGCACCACACCUGAUUCCUCCCCCACCACCCCCCUCAAUGACAACAUUCAUUGCACAGCCAACCCUACAUAUCGUACUGGUAUCAUUGAUCUUGUUCGCAAAAACACCCUCCCUACUCAGCCAAACGACAGGAUUUUAUCACCUCUUGCCGGCACUAGCUAUCGAUCCUCGAACUUAUCUGGCAACUCAACCGAGAAACGUCCACACCACGAGAGGAACAAGCUACACCUUACACUCUCUGACGCUGAUCAAAAUGGCACUGAUAAAAGUGGUACUAAGAAGAGGGGAUCAGGAAGUGGCCCAUUAUCGGAGGAAGAUGCGAACUAUACGGUUAUGAGUCCUGCUGUAAGCCGUACGUUUGGGAACUCAUUAAACGGAGGAUGGGGAGAAACGAAUCCUGAAGUGACAAGCAAGUAUAAGGAGUAACUAAACUGAACAGGUACUAUGAUCCAUAACUCAUGAUCAGUUUGCAAGUGUGUGCUUUUAAUUAUAUAUAGGUACAGCAUGAUAGAUAUAUACAGCAUGAUAAAUGUGUCAUAUCAACUGCAAUCAAAACAUUCAGCCGAAUAGUUUAGUCAACACUUUAACUUAGACCAUAGUUAUGCUUGUGAACUUAUAAAUGUGUGUGCAUCUUCAUUCAAA